GAAUCAAUAGUGCUUUAUAUUUUGUAUCAUGUUUGUAUGAACCUGUUACAGACUCCGAAGAUUUCAAAUUUACAAGUAUUGUACAGUAAAAAGAAAAUUCAAAUUAUCGGAGAAGGUGAGAAUUAUAUAAAUCCUUAUUAAUGUAAACCGAGAAAGUUUGGUCAACUAUACAUAUGUAUUUAAAUUGGUAUCGUGUUAUACGUUUAAACAAAGAGGCUAUCAUUUUUUAAUCAUAUGAUGAAUGUCCUUGAUGGUUAAUAGACAUUUGGUUCUAUUCUUGGAUAAUAUGGCAAAAAGGAAUCAGGAUCCAAUUGUUUUGUGUUACUAUGACUGUGUAAUCAGAGCAAGCGAUGUAACAUUACUUCAAGGACCGCAUUGGUUGAAUGAUGUCAUAAUAGGAUUUUAUUUUGAAUAUUUGGAUGUCACAAUUAACCAGAAUGGAAAGAAAGAUAUAUAUUUUAUUGGUCCAGAAUUAACGCAACUGCUGAAGCUGACUGAUCCGUCUCAAUAUGAUAUAUUUUUAAAUUCGACAAGUAUAUCGGAAUGCAAGUGUAUACUUUUCCCUUUAAAUGACUGCGAUAGUAGAGAAUCAGCUGGAGGGUCACAUUGGAGUUUGCUAGUGUAUUGUACACAAGAAAAGACAUGUUAUCAUUUUAAUUCGUUUAGAGGUUGUAAUUAUGCUGCUAUGAAACUAGCAAAGAAUAUAAUGAAUUAUGUCCUUGACAAGGAUGAACCCGAGAAGAAAUUUGCCGAACCAAAUUGUCCACAACAAGAUAAUGGAUACGAUUGUGGAAUUUAUGUUUUGUGUUUGACAGAUAUAAUUACAGAACACAUUUUGAAAACAGGACGAAUAAGUGGAUGUGAUUAUAGCCAAACUAAAAGUUUGGUUUCCAAAAAACGUAGACAAUUAUUGGAUUUGAUAGACGAAUUAAAGGAGAAAGAAAGUGCUAAAAACUGAUAAGCACAGUUUGCUAUCAAUACAGAACUGUUAUAUUUUUUUAAAUGCUUUGGAUACAUGUAUUGUAAAUUCAGUUUACAUUGUUGUAGUUAUACAUUAUUAUGUAUGUUGUUAAUAUAGAGAUAAAUAAAACUGAUAUUUUUGAUGAAA